AGGGGGUGUGGGUGAAGGAGAGGUACAACAUUUGACUUCUUGUUUAAUUUGUAGGAGCUGCUCCAUUUGGAUCAACAAUAACAAAUCCUGAUACUGCGGAGUCGAGCUUGCGGAAAUGUCGAGGUCGCUGAUCGCUUGGGUCGUCGGAACCCUAGCCCUACCCCUCUUCCUCUUCGUGUCUUCGGCGACGGCCGACGACGUUGUCGUGUUGACGGAGGACAACUUCGAGAAGCACGUCGGCCAAGAUCGCGGCGCUCUCGUCGAGUUCUACGCUCCUUGGUGUGGGCAUUGUAAAAAGCUUGCACCAGACUAUGAGAAGCUUGGUGCAAGUUUCAAGAAAGCAAAGUCUGUUCUGAUUGGAAAGGUGGAUUGUGAUGAGCAUAAGAGCCUAUGUAGCAAAUAUGAUGUUUCUGGCUAUCCUACAAUUAAAUGGUUUCCAAAAGGUUCCUUAGAACCUAAAAAGUAUGAAGGUGCACGUACUGCAGAGGCCCUUGUCGAGUUUGUAAACAGUGAAGGAGGGACUAAUGUCAAGAUAGCUGCGAUUCCCUCAAAUGUGGUGGUUCUAACACCUGAUAACUUUGAUGAGAUUGUUCUAGAUGAAACAAAGGAUGUCUUGGUUGAGUUUUAUGCACCUUGGUGUGGCCACUGUAAAAAUCUUGCUCCUACUUAUGAAAAGGUUGCCACAGUAUUUAAGCUCGAUGAAGAUGUUGUAAUUGCUAAUCUUGAGGCUGACACCCACAAGGAUCUUGCAGAAAAAUAUAGCGUGAGUGGUUUUCCUACAUUGAAAUUCUUUCCUAAGAGUAACAAAGCUGGUGAAGAUUAUGACGGUGGCCGUGAUUUAGAUGACUUUGUAACUUUCCUCAACGAGAAAUGUGGUACCAGACGUGAUGCUAAAGGGCAACUUACAGCUGAAGCUGGUAAAAUCGAGGCUGUGGAUACCUUAGUCAAGGAAUUUCUUAAAGCUGGCAAUGAUGAGAAGAAAGCAGUCUAUGGCCGUAUGGAGGAGGAAGUUAACAAGCUCAAGGGUUCUGCUGCAAGGUAUGGAAAGAUCUACGUGAAAGCUGCCAAGAGCUGUAUGGAGAAGGGUAGUGAUUAUGCCAAGAAUGAAAUCCAGCGUCUGGAACGCAUGCUGAUGAAGACCAUCAGUGCAACCAAGGCAGAUGAGUUCACAGUGAAGAGAAAUAUCCUGACUAGUUUUGUCCUUGACAAGGAAUAGAGUGAAUGCAUCAGUUGCAGCAGCAGCAGCUAUAUCCCUUCUGCUAGGUUUCAUCUGCCAAAAGGUUUUCUUUCUUGGGGAAUGUACUAUUUUUUUGUAAUGCUUUUAGAGCCCUUUACUAAGGACAUUUUUGCUAUCGAAUUUCAACUAAAUUAGACUUAUUUAGUGCAACACAACACAGGAGGCUCUUUCUUUGCGUUGCUGGAUCAAAAGCUUUGUUAA